AUGGGUAUUUCCCCUUCGUCCUCUUCAGUCACCAAAGAGCAGUUUUUUCGCAAAUCCACUUCGCCAGGGCUUGUUCUGAAGCUCGUGUUGCUCUUAUGGGUCUUCUGCGCCUCUCUGAACGGCGUCGUUUUCGCUGAUGCUGAUACUGACGCAUCGGUGCUCCUCCAGCUCAAGAACUCGGUCUCAGACCCGUCAGGCUUGCUUUCCAGCUGGAAUCAUUCGGUCAAUUCUGGUCACUGCUCAUGGUUCGGCGUCUUCUGCAAUUCAAAUUCUCAGGUGGUUGCGCUCAACAUUACUGGGAAUAGUGGAGGAGGCGAAGGUGAAGGUGGAUCGAAAUCUAUUGCGUGCUUAGAUUUUGCUCAGUUUCCGCUUUAUGGGUUUGGAAUUCGGAGGGGCUGUUCGGGUAGUAGAGGAAGGUUGUCUGGGAAGCUCCCCUCUGUAAUUGGGAAGCUCACUGAGCUUAGGGUCUUGUCGCUUCCCUUCAAUGAUUUGGAUGGUGAAAUUCCUAGUGAAGUUUUGGGCUUGGAAAAUUUGGAGGUUCUUGAUCUUGAGGGCAACUCGAUAACUGGGUCUCUGCCGUUUCAGCUUAAUCCAAAUCUGCGGGUUUUUAAUCUUGGGUUCAAUAUGAUUGAAGGUGGGAUACCGACCUCGUGGUCAAAAUCUGUGAGCUUAGAGAUCUUGAAUGUAGCUGGGAAUCUUGUGAAUGGGACCAUUCCGGGUUUCAUUGGUAGGUUAAAGGCUGUGUAUUUGUCGUACAAUUCACUUAGUGGGGAUGUUCCCAGCGAGAUUGGAGACAAUUGUGGGAAGCUGGAGCAUCUUGAUUUGGCGGGUAAUUUCUUGGUUGAUAAAAUUCCAAGCAGUUUAGGAAAUUGCAGUCAGUUGAGGACGCUGAUGUUGUAUUCAAAUAUGUUGGAAGAGGGUAUUCCAGCAGAACUCGGCCAGCUUCAGGCGCUGGAAGUGUUGGAUGUGUCAAGGAAUAGCCUAAGUAGUUCAUUACCACGAGAGUUGGGGAAUUGUUCUGAGUUGUCUGUCCUUGUUUUGUCGUCUAUGUUUAAUCCGCUACCACGAGUCAAUGAUACAGUAGUGGACUCUUUAUUGGAGCAGUUGAAUUCUAUGAAUGACGACUUCAAUUACUUUCAAGGUGCAAUGCCUGUGGAAAUUACGACCCUUCCAAAGCUAAGGAUCUUGUGGGCACCAAGGGCAAGUAUUGAGGGCAACUUCCCGGGCAAUUGGGGUGGUUGUGAGUACUUAGAAAUGAUCAAUUUGGCUCAGAACUUUUUACUGGGGAAAUUCCUAGUGGGCUUAGUCGCUGCAGGAAGCUUCAAUUUUUUGAUGUAA